ACCGUCGCGAUGCAAACAUUGAUUUCCACACUUAAAAAAAACAUUGCAAUGAUAUCGCAAUAAACGAAUUUCAUUUUGAAUGGACUUUGCAAGGCAAAUAUAGAUAAUACACAACAAUUAAUAAAUCUUGGUGUUGAAAACUGUGACCUCUAGAUCGUAGACUUAUGGAAGUAACAUAUGGAAAACAACGCUUUCUUGAAAUACUAAUUGUACUUUUGAGUACCUGUCUCGUACAUGUUGCUGGAGAUUGUGCAGGUUUAGUGUCGACUCUUAUUGCGGAUUUUAACAGUUAUAAGACCGUCACUACUGACGAUUAUCCAUCGCCUUAUGCAAAUUCUCUCACGUGUGAAUGGAAAAUCGACUCGGAUUCAGCAGCGGACAAAGUUGCAAUAACUUACCUCGCCUUUAAUUUAGAAACAAACUUUGAUAAAUUGAAAAUCUAUGAUGGUGAUAGUGCGUCGUCAAGAUUGAGUUAUAUAGAUACCGGAAGUCUCGAUGAUAGAUUUUACAUAUCGAGUGGACGAUACCUAUUUUUGAGGUUUACGACCGAUUCUUCUGUCAAGUGGUCUGGAUUUAAAAUACAGUAUAUCACCAUUUUAGGCAGCAUGAUAAAACCUAACUGCGUUGAUACCAUAACCUUGGACGAAUCUUCUGCAAACAUUGAAAGACAAUAUGCAUUACAUACCUUCAGUUCGCCUUUCACAAGUUCAUUUUAUUCGACUUGUGAGUGGACAAUAAAUUCGACCGCAAAUGCACAGUUCUCGAUAAAUAUUGUAUAUACAGACUUUGACGAUUUCUCAACGUAUACGUGUGAUCAGACAACGGGAUACGGCUUGUCAAUAUGGGAAGAUUCGGUAAUAAAAUACCAGCUUUGUGACUUUUUACCAGAUUCACUUGUUUCCAUGUACGCAUCUGGGGGACAUACAAAUACAGUGAAAUUCAGGACCCCAAUAAUCAAUGGUGUUGACAGAGGAUUCAUAAUCACUUUAAAAUAUAUUGGAACAAUUGCUGUUCCGAGUAGCGCUAUUCCUACUGUGGCUAGCUUGUUUAGUGCAUGUGGUUCCCAGUCUAACCCAACACGUCUUACAGUUGAUAAUGUAACAGAACAGUUUGUCAUUUCACCGGGUUAUCCAGGUCAAUACGCCAACAAUCUUGACUGUUGGUGGAUUCUAUCAUCUUCUACUGGAAUACGAAUACGUCCAUACCAUAUAUUCAUCGAAGCUGCUGAUAUUAUAACAAUAUAUGACGGACCUACCUCGGGCUACGUAUCUCUUGCGUCCUUUUAUGGAACAUACAGUUCGCAUUUGUCAACUUAUCUGUCAACAGGAAGUAGCGUCACAAUCAGAUUCAGCACUGACGGAUCAACAACAGACACUGGCUUUUCUAUUGGCUAUAUCGAAAGUUCACCAGUUAUUCCAAGUUGUGCACCUAAUGGAUUCGUACUUUUGAACGCUACUACUACGGAAAAUACUUUACAGUCGCAUGCAGGAUAUGGAUCCACUGAUUAUAUGGAUUCUUUGAAUUCCUAUUGGCUGAUUGAUACAGGGCUAUCGUCGUCUACAAUUUACAUCGAGUUUAACUCAUUUCAUAUAGAAUCAUCCGUUACUUGCGCAUAUGAUUAUGUUAAAGUAUAUGCAGGUGCAUGUGUGGAUGAAGAUAAUAGAAUACAGUUUCUUUGUGGGCAACAGGCAGACAUUUCUUUCAGCAGUACACAAGGGAGAUAUGUGUUAAUUCAUUUCCGUACAGACCAUAGUAUAAAUCAUCAGGGCUGGGAAUUAAAAUAUUCAACGUCAGAUAGUCAGACGGAAGCGAGUACAGCCGAAAGUAACGAUUGGUGGAGAAGUGUUGUUGGUGUUGUAAUCGGAAUUAUUAUAUUUAUCAUAUUCUUUUGUUUUUGCUGUAAUAAGAAAAAUCGUACUAAAAAUGCUAAAUCGUCUCUGAUUUCUACACCAGCUACUAGUUUCCAACAACCACCUGUAAGGAAAACCAUACUAAACCACGUUGUCAUAACGAAACGUCCGCCAAAAACUAGACCCGCCUAUGAAAUUGACACGCGGAAGCGACAACAGAAGAGAAACCAACAUAAAGAAACAGUCAAUUUAUCUAUCUCUUUAAAUGUUGUUAUAAACCAACCUGCCUUACAGCCUCAAAUACAACAAACAUAUCCACCUCCAAAUUAUUUUGGGGUUCAACAAAGGGAGGAUCCAGUAUAUCCACCAAUACAUACUGAUCAAACAUUCAAUCAAAAUCAGAAUGAAAUGUACAAUCGACCCCCUUAUCACCCUGCAAUUGAUCCCAAUGAUGUGCCCUCCCCUUUUACUUAUACAGAUAGAUAUUAACCAUGCAAUCAGAUUAAAAAUACAGAUGCUGUGUUAACGCUCCGCUUUCAUAGGUCUGACGACGCUCAGUUCUACCUACUGUUAAAAAGACCUUUCGGGAUCCUCUAGUUUUGUCAUAAUGAUACACUAUACCAUUUAGAAAAGCUUUUAAAUAUAGCGUGCGAAAAUUAAAAAGAAAAUUUUUAAUUAUACGGUACCUCUUCUUCAAAAGAAAAGAGUAAUUAUACAUGUUUCGUCAGUCUGUUUGUCAUUCUUUCAGUCCUUGCAUAAUUCCGCCCGUCAUUCCCAUAAUGUUUCCGUAUCAUUAUUUUGCCACGAGAACUAUAAAUAAUAAUUCCCUGAAAUUUAGAAUCAAGCUUUAUGUGAGCAUGCUACACCGUGUAAAGCAUUGUCACUUUCAUGACUCACCAGUUUCCUACUUCUUAUUCUAUAUUCUUACACAUAAUGAUCAUUUUUUAAAAGUUUCGUCGCUUCUUUCUAAGGGACUAAAAUAUUUUUUUUAACUUUGAAAUGAAGCUUUAUGUUGGCAUACUUCACCGUAUGAUGUGUUUUUGCAUCCAUCAUCCAUCAACUUCCUGUUUACCGAAAACUAAAAGCAGGGGUAUUAAACGUGAACAGAAGCUCACAGUUCAUUUUUUUCGAAAGCUUAUGAGAAAAAGAAACAAGGUUGUACUCUCUGAAAAGUGUGAUGGUUACUGUAUCAACAUGGGUGAUAAAUGUAUCAGCCUUAUAUGAGAUGGUAUUUUUACACGAAGUCAGUACUUUUUAAUUUCUUCAAAAGAGAUGAGGUUUACAUAUCUCAAAUAAUAUGUGACGCUCGUGCAUGUUCACAUUAUACGGACGACUUGAAUCAACACUUAUGUCUACUCUUUUUUAUAUUUUUGAUUCGAGCGGUACUCAUCAUGCUCAUGAGUCUUUUGUAGCAAAUGAUUAACAUAACUUGAACAGUCAACAUCCAUGUCUCAACUUACUUGCGACAUAUUUUCGCACACAUGAGUUUGAUCUUUGGAAACCCUAAAAGUUGUCCGAUCUGUUGAAUUGCCAGUUGUGUCCUAUUCUCGAUUGUGACAUUUUGACUGAGUGUCAAUUCACGUGGCGGUCAGUUCAUGCAUAACAAGAAACGCUUAUCCUGAUUGCGCACCUAGUCCGCCUUCUGUUUGAUAUUAUGUCAUUCCCUAGGCUUCAUUUUUGGUACCUUGUUUUGUAUCUUCUAAAUAAACCUUUUUCAAUCAAUGAAGAUAUAUCUAUAUAUCCGCUUUUCUAGAAUAAACCAUAAAUAUAGCAUAACAUGUUAGACAGAUUUCAUGACAUGAUAAACGUGAAUCCGAGAUCAAGUCCAGUGGAACGCUAGAGCCGCACUAUUUCAAUUCCAGAAAUUUUCAAGUUAUAUGUUUUUGUUAACCUUUUCCAAUAAUGUAUGUGCAAUGUAUCUAAAGUGCCAUAAGUAAAAGUAAAUCACUCGAGACGUAGUCGAAAGUUAUUCGUCUGUUAAUUGUGGUUAUAGUAUCAAAUUGUGUCGCAAUGAACAUGAAUGAGUAUUUACGAAGUUUAAGUUCGUCACUGAAUCAGCAUUUUAUACAUUUAUUCAUUGUUAUAUUUUUAUCUGUAUGGUAGAUAUAGCGUUGUGACAUUUAUUAUUGUAUUGUAACUUUAAUUUAUUGUUUUUUAAUAAAAAUAAUAAAAACAUUCAAAAAUGUUA